AUGGCGAACUUCCGCCUACCUUUCGUGCCACUUCUCUUAUCCAUUGCUUAUCUCUGUGCCUUGAGCAUAUCCACAUCUGUCGACUCGAUCUCAAGACCGCACAUAGUCGAGAACAUCUCUAGCCUUUCGAAACGCCAAGAUGGCAUCUUCUCUGUGCUGGGAAUCGCAGGGUUGGGAGACCGUACAGUGUACCCGCGGCUCGAAAUACGUGACCUGGAAAAGAACCAUCCGGAUCAGUGGAACAUCUUCCUGCUUGGACUGCAGAGGUUUCAAGACAUUGACCAGAACGACAAGCUUUCCUACUUCCAGAUCGCUGGAAUUCACGGUCGCCCAUUUGUACCGUGGGAUGGCGUGAACGGCGAUGACUACUACUGGAGCCGCUACUCUGGCUACUGCACACAUGACAGCAAUAUUUUCCCUACGUGGCACCGACCUUUUCUUGCGCUGUUUGAGGAAAUUCUGUACCUGAAUGCUCGCGAAGCUAUAUCCGAACUAUCAAACGGAGAACUUAAGGACCGGUACAUGAAGGCUCUGCCCUCGUUGAGACUUCCAUAUUGGGACUGGGCCGCCAUUCCCCCAGAAGAAGCAGAGGGAACGCUACCUGCGAGUGUGCAGGCUGACACCGUCAACGUGACCAUGCCGAAUGGCACAGUGACGAUAACAAACCCACUGCACUCGUACAAGUUUCAUCCUAUACCAGAUUGGGAAGCAGAAGGCGAGGAACGCUGGAAGGAAUUCCCUCAGACAGUGCGGGCUCCCACCACGGCAGAUCAGAACGCCCAGAGCAACAAUACCAAAGCCGCUCAGGCACUGCAGGAGAACAGAUCGAGCAUGCAGUCGCGAGUCUACAAUUUGCUUGCUAUGCAGCAUGAGUACCUGAACAUGAGUACUAAACUCAUACCGGGAGAUAGUAUGGAGAGCAUUCAUGGGACGAUCCAUGAUGGGGUUGGUCAGGAUGGAUCGAUGACUUGGCUGUUUUAUUCUGCGUUCGAUCCAUCAUUUUGGUUGCACCACUGUAACGUCGACCGACUGCUAGCCAUGUGGCAAGCUCUGAACCCAAACGAGUGGGUGACAGACUUCACAACCCCAAGUCCCACAUUCUACUCCCCCGCAAACUUCAACGUCAACGGCACUCUCAAACCCUUCCACAAAGACGACAGCGGCAACUUCUGGACGUCAGACGACAUCCGCGACCACACCAUCUUCGGCUACACGUAUCCAGACCUGAUCGAUCUUUCGGGGAACACCACGAAGUUAAACUCCCGCGGCGUCUCCACCUCCCUCAUCGCCCGCGUAAACGCCCUCUACGGCCCCAACGCCUCCCCUCCUAUCCCCCAAACCAAAUCCUCUCCAACCUGA